AUGGAAAUCACUCCAGAUAGCAUCGAGUUUUCCGCCCCCUUCACAACCCGCUCCACGCGGUUCAUGACGCUGGAAAACAAGUCCCCCACCACUCUGGCGUUCAAAAUCAAGACCACAGCGCCAAACACAUACUCAGUCCGACCAAACUGCUCCAUCAUCUACCCCGGAGAGUGCCAAAGUGUGGCUGUGCACCACCAGGGCUUCACAGAGGAGCCCGAUCACGACUACGAGUGCAAGGACAAAUUCAUGGUUCUGUGGGCGCCCGUUUUGAACCUAUCCAAGCUGGAGGAGUUGGACAACAAGGAAGGAGACACCAGUAACGCUCCCAAGACCAUUUCAGCUUCUCCUUCGGACAACAGCAUCUCGUCCAACCGGUCGUCUGCUUCGUCGACCCUGUUGGCUAUGAUUGACGACAUCUCGGGCUACUGGCGGCGUCUGGAGGAGGAGUCCUACGACGUGAUCAACAAGAAGAAGAUCAAGGUAUUGGCACACGUCUUUUCCAAGACCCAUGAUGGAGUGCAACUAUCAUCAGCCUCGUCUGCAGCUACAGUGAAGGAGGCAGGGGUGCUCUCUCCGAAUACCAAUCUUUCACGACGGAAAACCAAACGAGAGACUCUAAAGGAUGUCAAGGAAUCGCUCAAGGAGGUCAAAUCCACUACCCCUAUGAUGGACAAUAACGGUAACGGCACCACUCCUCAGAUGACUCCCUUCAUUGCUCCUCCCUCUGCAUCUUUCCAAACACAGUUUCCUCCCCGAAGCAUAUCGCAUCCUCAGCUUUCGGCUUUCACCUCUCCUUACGCCGGUGUAAGCGGCUCUUCUCCUCGCCCUGAAGACCAACUGCUUGAAGUUAAUCAGCGUCUGGCCAUUCUCAUGGCCGAAUUGGACGAGUUGAAACGAAAGCCCCAAGAAGGCAACGAAACCGCUUCCAGAAACGUGACUACUCAGAUCCAUCCCCAGUCUCUGAACCAACCCCAGGCUACCACACAUCCUACUGCCAACUCGCAGCUCCAAACCAAUGUUCUUGCAUCUCUCAACAACCCUUCAGUGGGCAUUCUCGCGUUCCUAUGCUUUGCUCUGGUUUUGUUCUCCCUGAACGCCUCCAAGAUGGGCGUUUUGAUUGGACUAGCCCAGACCUCUUUGAUGGCCGCCAUUGUUUACUUUGUGGCCCAGAAUCAGCUCCAGAAGGCCUGA